UGUCCACCUGCAUAUUGGGACCAAUGAACUCAUUCAGUUCUAAUCCAAAUGUGAGGAACGGCAAUCAAGCUAGAUUGCUAGAGGACGAAGCCGACCUCGAGUAUAUGAAAGGCAAUCUUCAGAAGAUGGAAGAUUUGACUAAGCGCAUGACCGGGAUGUUGGACUCAUUCGACGGACGGCUUAUGAAACUAGAAGCGUCUAUUUUACCUAUCCAUCGAUCAACUCAGAACCUCACUCAUUUGGCCGAUAACAUAGAAGCGACAUUGAAGUCCACAGAUUCCAUCGUGAAGUGCAUGGAUCUUCCUAGCAAAGAGGAAGCAUUGAUCUUGAAAGGGCCCGACGAGAACAACACGCUUCCGUAUCUUCAAUCAUUAGCCAGACUGAAAGAUGCGCUUGAGAUUUUGGUAAAUUCCAAGCUGAGAGCAACUGAUCGAGUUAUAAAUCAUAUGAAACAAUUGUUGAAAGCAGGAAUGUUGCACAUGGAAACGCUAUUCAGAAAAUGGCUAUCGACAUCCAGUAUACCCAUAGACGCGAAAAUGUUGGACUCAGGCGAACCCCCUGCGAUGGACAGUGCCAACGUUAAGCGGCUGUCACAGUUAUCAACUUACCUUUCGUCGUCGGAAACCGAGCUUGGCUAUGUCGUAGAUUUUACAAAGCCGUAUAUAGAAAUUCGAUCCACUUACCUCUCCAAGUCAAUGCAUGCAUUAUCGCAAACUGCAGCGUCGGCCGAUAGACAGCAUAGCGGUGUCUAUGAUAGGGGUACCGCCGAGUUCUUAAAAUAUAUGACAUGCCUAACCAAGAUGUUUUCGUUCGAGCAUGAUUUGGCUACUAGUCUACUAGCCAACCCAGUACAACGAACCACCGCUUUGAAAGGCGCCCUGGCGCCGGCGCUUACCGAUUUUAUCACUGCUGGUAGAGCGAUCAAUGCUCAAGUCAAACGAAGUUCAUAUCAAGAUGUAUUCAUCAUAUUUGAUAUACUGGAGAGGUUUGAAAAUGAAUGCUUUUCGACAUUGGACAAAAUUAUGCCACGAAAAGAAAUGGAUACCAUAUUGGAACUGAUGACAGCUUUCCGAGGUACAGCUCUUAGAAGCAUAUAUGAGUUCAUGGAAGAUGUCAAAGGCCGCAAGGAUGCAGCAAAUCCCAACCUUAGCAAUGACGGUACUGUUCAUGAGCUCACCAGUAAUACCCUGAGCCAUCUGAAACGUCUAUGGGCAUGGCACGAUAUUGUGGAACCGAUUCUAACAAUACUGGGUAAGGAAGGCUGGAAUAAUCCAGUCUCAAGUGUUGCUGAGCAGCAACCGCUCUCCUUAAAGCCAAACGCCGACGGACGCGUUCUGUUGAAAAACUUAUUUGUAGAGGCCGUCGAUCAACUCAAUACCACACUACAAAACAAAUCCAAGGCAUACCGAAAACCAGCUCUUGCCAUCAUAUUCUUGCUCAAUAACUUUAACCACGUACUGCGGCAAAUUAGAUCGCCACCGCUCAAUGCUGUGUUCGAUGAAGGACGAGAAGCGCGGUAUGGCAAAAUGGUUCGACGACAGAUGGACGCUUAUCAGGAAACCUGGAAGCCUUGUAUUGAGAAUUUGAUGGACGUCACAUAUGUACGAGGUGGGGCCAUUCGACAGUCGCUCGGAAACAAUGAAAGGCAACAGAUCAAAGACAAGUUUAGGAACUUCAACCUAGCAUUUGAGGAGACAUUGCGAACACAGAAAACUUACGCUAUCCCUGAUAGCGAACUUCGCCAUGCUAUCAUUAAGGACAUUAAAAACGUCCUUCUUCCCAUGUAUAGUCGAUUUGUCGAGAAAUAUCAAACAACCGAUUUUGCUAAAAACCCAUCCAAAUAUAUUCGCUGGGACAAGGAUCAGCUUGAUAGAAUGCUUAAUCAGCUCUUUGAGCCAACCGCUUGAUGAUGUUGUCGGGAAUAGAUUUGUUAAUAGUUAUUUGCGGUGAAAACAAGCAUUGCAAGCAAGCAAGCUUUACAAUAUAGCAGAUGCCAAAAGAAAUAAAAAAAACUGAUUAUGCAAACUAAUGAAACC